AUGGUUACUGAGGCAGCAGCGCCGAUUACUGUGGCCAGGGUUGUCAACAGGGCCCCUGCACCGGUGGCACUACUACACCUUCCAUCCCAAGUGGAGAUGGCUCCGUGGCUGACAUCGUCACACCGGACUUCUUUAACGGAAUCAUUAACCAGGCUUCUUCAGACUGCGCCGGGAAGAAAUUUUACUCUCGCAAUGGCUUUCUUGAUGCUGUCAAGUCGUAAUCCGGCUUUGAUUGAAGAGAUAAAUCGUGGCACCUACUGCGAUACCACAAGUACUGACUAUCCGUGCAACCCCUACGGUCGCGGACCACUCCAACUAACAUGGAAUUACAACUAUGGAGCAGCCGGAAACAGCAUUGGUUUUGACCGCUUAAACUCCCCGGAAACCGUGGCCUCAGACCCCGUUGUUGCAUUUAAGACUGCCUUGUGGUUUUGGAUGAACAAUGUCCGUCCAGUUCUAAGUCAAGGAUUUGGUGCCACCAUUCGAGCCAUUAACGGCGAGGUUGAAUGUGAUGGGAAAUUACCUGAUGCAGUUCAAGCUCGCACCAACUAUUACAAAGAUUACUGCAACCAACUUAAUGUUAAUCCUGGCGGCAAUCUCUAUUGCUAA